AUUCCUUUAAUAUUAGGAAUUCCAGAUAUAGCUUUCCCACGAAUAAACAAUAUUAGAUUUUGAUUAUUACCUCCAUCUUUAAUAUUAUUACUUUUAAGAAAUUUUUUAAAUCCAAGUCCUGGAACAGGAUGAACAGUUUAUCCCCCUUUAUCAUCAAAUUUAUUUCAUUCUUCUCCUUCAGUUGAUUUAGCAAUUUUUUCUUUACAUAUUUCAGGUUUAUCUUCUAUUAUAGGUUCAUUAAAUUUUAUUGUUACAAUUAUUAUAAUAAAAAAUAUUUCUUUAAAAUAUAUUCAAUUGCCUUUAUUUCCUUGAUCUGUGUUUAUUACUACUAUUCUUUUAUUAUUUUCUUUACCUGUGUUAGCUGGAGCUAUUACUAUAUUAUUAUUUGAUCGAAAUUUUAAUACAUCUUUUUUUGAUCCUACAGGAGGAGGAGAUCCAAUUCUUUAUCAACAUUUAUUUUGAUUUUUUGGACAUCCUGAAGUUUAUAUUUUAAUUUUACCUGGAUUUGGGUUAAUUUCUCAAAUUAUUUCUAAUGAAAGAGGAAAAAAAGAAACUUUUGGAAAUAUUGGAAUAAUUUAUGCUAUAUUAAGAAUUGGACUUUUAGGUUUUAUUGUUUGAGCUCAUCAUAUAUUUACUGUUGGUUUAGAUGUUGAUACACGAGCUUAUUUUACUUCAGCUACAAUAAUUAUUGCAAUUCCAACAGGAAUUAAAGUUUUCAGAUGAUUAGCUACAUAUCAUGGAUCUAAAUUAAAAAUAAAUAUAUCUAUUAUAUGAACUUUAGGAUUUAUUUUUCUUUUUACUAUAGGAGGUUUAACAGGAAUUAUACUUUCUAAUUCUUCUAUUGAUAUUAUUUUACAUGAUACAUAUUAUGUUGUUGGACAUUUUCAUUAUGUUUUAUCUAUAGGAGCUAUUUUUUCUAUUAUAGCUGCAAUCAUUCAUUGAUUUCCAUUAAUUAUUGGACUUUCUAUAAAUCAAUUUUGAUUAAAAAUUCAAUUUUUUUUAAUAUUUAUUGGAGUUAAUAUAACUUUUUUUCCUCAACAUUUUUUAGGAAUAAUAGGGAUACCACGACGAUAUUCAGAUUAUCCAGAUUCUUAUAUAUGUUGAAAUUUAUUUUCUUCAAUAGGGUCUUUAAUUACUUUAAAUAGAGUUAUUGUUUUAAUUUAUAUUAUUUUUGAAAGAAUAUAUACUAAACGAAUAAUUUUAUUUAAAUUUAAUCAAACAGCAUUAGAAUGAAUAAUACAUAAUCCUCCUAUAAAUCACUCUUAUAGAGAAAUUCCUAUAAUUUUAAAAAAUUAA